AUGGAAUACAGAUUGGUGGUACUGGGACCGGGUGGCGUUGGUAAGUCGGCGCUCACCAUCCAGCUCACGCACCAGGAAUACGUUGACAGCCACAACCCGACCAUCGAGGACUCGUAUCGAUACGACACCGAGAUCGAUGGGGAGGCGUGCCGCCUGGACAUCCUCGACACGGCAGGCCAGGAGGAGUUCGUGGCGAUGCGCGACUCUUACAUGAGCGAGGGAGAGGGGUUCCUCUGCGUCUACUCCAUCACCGAUCGCAACAGCUUCGAGGAGAUGGCAGGCUUUCACAAGCACAUCUCGAGGGUGAAGAACGAGCUUCAUGUUCCGAUGAUACUGGUGGGCAACAAGUGCGAUCUGGCCCCCGAGAAGAGGGUGGUAUCGAAGGAGGAGGGCGAGAAGCUGGCCAAGACCUUCAACUGCCCGUUCCUCGAAGCCUCGGCCAAGGAGCGCAUCAACACAGAGGAGUGCUUCUUCAAGGUGGUGCGGGAGAUUCGCAAGUAUCGACAGGCGCGCGGGUGGACCGACAGGAAGAGGUCCAAGCCGACUAAAGGGUGCUCCCUCUACUAG